GGGACACAAUGAAGUACAGAGAAACCAUUAUAUGUGAGUGAAUGAGUCAUCAUGUGGCUAUUGUAUGUAGGGCAAUAUGACCUCCUAUGAAGGUAAAAUUUCAAGCAAUCAUCUUCAUCAUGUGGCUCUAAGUGCAACAUCAUGAUCUACAAAUCCCAUAAACCAAAUUCCAUAUAUUCUCAUAUUGCACCCUCAUAAUUCUUUCCUCACACACAAAAAAAAGUCCAUUUUUUAUUUUUCUUUCUUUCUUUCUGUGAUCAUGGAAGAUAACUAUAGCCAUAGCCAUCAUCAAUUGGACUCUCAAAGUCAUAAAAACCACCAGCAUAAUGACAUGCUCCCUUCAACAUCUGUUCUGUUGAUUAUUGUUCCAAUCAUAAUUAUAAUCUUGCUUAUUGCAAUAUCUCUUCUCAUUGUGAUGCUUAAGCGGAUAAAAUCCGCUAAACACAAUGGAAUGAAUAGUUCAAAAAGUGUAAGCAACAACAGCAAUUGUAUGUUCGUUGCACACAGCACCAUCGACAUCCAUUCAAGCCCAGAUGUAAAGGGUGGAUGUCUGCCUGGACAUGGAGGAAGUUCAGGGCGGAUGCCAGAAACUAAAUUGAGAGGAGUUCAAGUAUUUACAUACAAGCAGCUGGAGAUGUCUACAGACAAAUUCAGUGAGGCAAAUGUGAUUGGGAAUGGCGGUUAUGGGGUUGUCUUCAGAGGAGUACUCAUUGAUGGGACUGUGGCUGCAAUUAAAGUUCUGCAAAGGGAAGGCAAGCAAUGGGAACGUUCUUUUAGAUUGGAGGUGGAUUUAUUAAGUCGCUUACACUCUCCUUACUUGGUUGAACUUCUUGGCUACUGCGCAGACCAACAUCAUAGGCUCCUAAUUUUUGACUAUAUGCCUAAUGGUUCACUCCAGCAGCAUCUCCACAGCGCGCAUAAACAAUCCAAAAACUCAUUAAACUGGGGAGUUAGAUUGAGAAUAGCCCUUGAUUGUGCUAGAGCUUUGGAGUAUCUGCAUGAGCACACAACCCCAUCAGUUAUCCACAGAGAUUUGAAGUGCAGUAAUGUUCUACUUGAUCAAAAUUUCAGAGCUAAGGUUUCUGAUUUUGGUUUAGCUAAAAUUGGCUCAGACAAAUUGAACGGUCUGAUCUCAACGCGAGUAUUAGGGACCACGGGAUAUUUGGCCCCAGAGUAUGCUUCAACUGGCAAACUUACAACAAAAUCAGACGUAUACAGUUAUGGUGUGGUUCUUCUAGAGCUAUUGACAGGCCGUGUACCAAUCGACACAAAGAGGCCUCCUGGAGAACAUGUGCUUGUCUCAUGGGCUCUUCCAAGAUUGACAAACAGAGAAAAAGUAGUUGAAAUGGUAGAUCCAACAUUACAAGGACAAUACACCAAGAAGGAUCUAAUCCAGGUAGCUGCUAUAGCAGCAAUGUGCGUGCAAACAGAAGCAGAUUAUCGUCCGUUAAUGACGGAUGUUGUGCAAUCCUUAGUACCUCUUGUUAAGACAUACUCUUCUUCAUACCCUGCCAAUUCCUUCAGAUCAUGUAACCAGACCGUGAGCCCAAGGUCUUAGGAGCCAUUCAUUCGGAAUCCGAAGACGUUUCCAACAUUAUUCGUGAUUCAACAUUUCAUGAUUCCCAUUAAAGUUAGUAUUUUAUCACAUGUUGGACAAUGACAACCUGUAACAAACAUCUGGUUAAAGCAAUAAGGCUUAUGUAUUUUAAUAAAAGCACCCUGAACUCUAUUAAACCAUUUUAGUAAUGC